AUGUACGGCGGGAUCGGCGGUCCGCCAAGGGGGUCGGGAGCUCCGGGCUACGGCGCGCCUGGCGGAUGGCGGGACGCCGACCCUGCGGGGCUCAGACGAGGCGAUCUGAGCUCCAUGGCACCACCAGGCCUGGCGCCACCUGGCACGCUCGGAUUGGGCGGCAUGGCGGACGACCAUCUGGGCCCGCCUCCCCCCGGGUCGGGCAUGCGAAUGGACCUGGCGGGUCCGCCCAUGCCGCGCGGGCCGGGGGGUCCGCCCAUGCCCAUGCCUGGGGGAAUGGGCGCGCCAGGGGUUGGGCCGGGGGGGAUGCCGCCAAUGGACAUGCAUCCGGGGGACAUGCCCAUCCCGCACGACGCGUCCCCCACGCUAUACAUCGACAACCUGCCGCCCGACUGCUCGCGCCGCGAGGCCUGCCACAUAUUCCGGCCGUUCAUCGGCUUUAAGGAGGUGCGCCUUGUGCCCAAGGAAGUGCGCCGGGGCGGCGAGCCCGAGAAGCUCAUCCUCUGCUUCGUCGACUUCGCCGACGCGCGCUGUGCUGCCACGGCGCUAGAAGCGCUGCAAGGUGGGGAUUCCUGCUAG